AUGGCCCAAAGAAACUUGAUGACUCCAGUUAAAACCGCUGCUGCUCCUCCACCAGCUGCAUCCUACUCCCAGGCCAUCAAGGUCAAUGGUUUCGUUUAUGUGUCUGGACAGAUUCCAUACACCCCAGAGAACAAGCCAUUGGCUGGCAACCCCACCAUUGCUGAGCAGGCUGAGCAGGUGAUUCAGAACGUCAAGAACAUCUUGGAGGCUUCCAACUCUUCAUUGAAGCACAUUGUCAAGGCCAAUGUUUUCUUGACUGACAUGGACACUCAAUUCGCUGAAUUCAACGGAGUGUACGGCAAGUACUUCAACGAGCACAAGCCCGCUAGAUCGUGCGUGGCCGUCAAGGGGUUGCCAUUGGGCGUUCCAUUGGAAAUGGAAGUAGUUGCCGUUGAGAAGGAUGAUCAGAAGUUGUAA